AUGUUCCCUCGUGCGCCAGCUUGUGACCCGAAGAACAAGCAAUGCAUCCAAUGCCCAACGACCAAGUUUACUAAAGGGAAGAGAGGUCCCAAAAAAGGAGUAAUUCCAAAUACGCCUGCCUCGGGUAGAGGCAAGCCCAAGACCACGACUCCACGACCCGUUAACGCGGAAAAAGCCAGCAAAGUCAAUGGUGCGGCCAAUGUCAACGCCAACGCCAAAUCGAAACCGAAGCCUAAGAGAUCGACCUAUGGGGCCAUAAAAAAGCGCUCAGAUGCUAGAAAGAGGAGGGAUCGCUCAAGGUAUCUUGCUAGCCGCAUGGGAAGAUCCUCACUUACUCGGAGCGUGUCCCCUCGCGUAGACUUUCCGGAGGAUCAGGUGAAUGCCAAAGGCCCGUGGGAAGAGGGCGACCAGAUCACCAUACUUAAUUCUCAAAAAUGCCUCUCAAUAGUGGUUUUGGAGAGAAAUAAGUACCAAACGCUCAAACUCAAACCGCAGGAUCCAAAUGACAAAACACCGAGCUUCGAAUACGUCAAGAACUUUUUGAUUGGUCACGGCGUAUUGGAUGCGAGAACCAUUAAGCCAAAGAAGGCAUUCGCUUAUCUAGUUGUUCCAGCUGCCAUACGGCAAUCGUCAAGCUCUUUAUACACGACAGCUUUAGAGCAAGUUGCCUUGACAGUCAUGGAAUGCAAGCCGAUCGAGCUGAAAACAAGCAGGCCACAGAACUUCUUCACUGUCCCGUAUGAUGAUCCCAUCGGCGUCGCAAGCCCGGGGACAGCAGACAUGAUCCCGCCAGCGCACCACUCAGACCCCCCGGAACAUGGGACGCGUACCGUGUCCAGGCCCUACGAUGUGGCCAUGCACCUUGACGAAUGGAUGAUACGGGCAUACGGCUGCAUCGGCUCUCGCUCCAGCCAAACCACCGUGCUGGUGUUUCUUCUUUACAGCGCCCGGUUGACGAGCAAUCUUCUAGAAACCAUCGCCGAGGGUGCUAUGACUGUCAAGUCAGCCCCGUCUCUGGAAGGACGCAGGUGUGCCCAUCUCGCCCGGGCGGCAGGACGAUUAGGUGCUUUUGCCCUUUCGCUAGCCCAAUGCUCAAAGCAAGCCUUGAGUACGAUUGCUCAAGCUCUUGCAUUUGGGCGGCUUUGGGGUCUGCUCGGCGUCUACUUUUCUCUGAAGCAACUCAUCCAACCCAGCACGUCGCCAAAUCUCAGCGGCGAUCAGAAGAAACGGCCUUAUUUGGAAAAUAUAUUCAAAAGUGCACAGUUGAUUCUCUUGACCUGCUACUUCGCCACCGAUAAUGUGAGCUUUCUAUCUGGUCGUAAGAUUCUGGCUAUCCCACCAUCUACCAGGAAGUCGCUGUCCCGCUGGUCCUUGCGCUCGCACGCGCUGUGUAUAGCUGUAGACAUUGCACGUCUGAUAACACAGCGGUUAAGGAUGGGAGGGGAAACCAUACCGGGGAGCUGGAGGAACCAGUUCCUGACAACCUUGGCCAUGUUCUCCGUCGCCUUGCACAAUAGUAUCGACAACAGCCCGUUAAAUGAUAUUACGAUUUCGCUUCUAGGGUUUUAUCAGAGUGGAUCGCGCAUGAGAAAUCUUUGGCAUGACAGUUCUUUGCAAGCCCGGAUGCAAGAUAAGGACCAAGAGAAAUUGGUAGCCGUUAAAGCCCCUUAG